AUGGCGUCCGAGCAGUCAACAAGCGGCGUUGCCACCAAUGGCGCUCCCGAUUUCACCGUCAAGGCCGGCCUGGCUCAGAUGUUGAAGGGCGGUGUUAUCAUGGACGUGGUGAAUGCUGAGCAGGCCCGCAUUGCCGAAGAGGCCGGUGCUGCCGCCGUCAUGGCCCUUGAACGAGUCCCCGCCGACAUUCGCGCUCAAGGCGGCGUUGCUCGCAUGUCUGAUCCGUCAAUGAUCAAGGAAAUCAUGGAAGCAGUUACAAUUCCUGUCAUGGCCAAAGCUCGCAUUGGACACUUUGUUGAAUGCCAGAUCCUCGAAUCAAUUGGUGUCGACUACAUCGAUGAAUCAGAAGUCCUCACUCCAGCAGACGACAAAUACCACGUCGAGAAAUCCACUUUCAAGGUUCCCUUUGUCUGCGGCUGCCGCAACCUGGGCGAAGCUCUGCGCCGCAUCUCCGAAGGCGCAGCCAUGAUUCGCACAAAGGGUGAAGCCGGCACAGGAGAUGUCGUCGAAGCCGUCAAACAUAUGCGCACAGUAAAUGCCGAGGUUGCGCGUGCACGCGGUAUCCUGCUGGGCUCGUCGUCUCCGCAAGACGCAGAAAUUGUGCUGCGCGCCUAUGCCCGAGAACUCGAGGUUCCAUAUGAACUGCUCCGCGAGACGGCGGAGAAGGGUCGCUUGCCUGUAGUCAAUUUCGCGGCAGGUGGUGUUGCUACCCCAGCUGAUGCGGCCCUCAUGAUGCAACUCGGUUGCGACGGUGUGUUUGUCGGAUCAGGUAUUUUCAAGUCUGGAGAUGCCCGCAAGCGUGCCAAGGCUAUUGUUCAGGCUGUUACGCAUUAUAAGGAUGCUACCGUUCUGGCUCAGGUUAGCGAGGGUCUGGGCGAGGCUAUGGUCGGUAUAAACGUGUCUCAGAUGGCUGAUAAUGAUAAGUUGGCCAAGAGGGGGUGGUAG